AUGACUCUAAAUUCACCCGACACGGCCUUGCGCGCUGCCAUCGAGUUCGACAAUGGCAACGCACUUCUGGCCGAUGCGGAUGUUCCUGUGGACGUUGGUGGUGCCUCAUCGACGCUACAUCAAGUAGCACAAGACGAUGGACAGCCACUUGCCCAUUGCGAGGACUUGCAAGUGAGUGAAAGAGCUGCCCCACCGCCGUCGGUCAUGCGCAAAAAGUCGAACGCGUCCUGGACAGUUGGGAGCUUGGGCAUGUUGGUUCUUGCCGUCGCGGUCCCAAUUGUUCAAGGAGGUCCGCUAUAUGCCCCGACAAAGCCUCAAGCUCCUGCCUCCAACGCGGCCAAUUGGAUUGAGCUUCUCCCACAUGACAUUUUGAGUCAUGUGGACACUCAAGUGGAUCCAUGCGACGACCUGUACGCCUUCAGUUGCGGGUCGUGGCUGAAACAAGCACGAAUUCCCGACGGCGAAUCGCGCGUGUCCCUGACUAAUGAUCCCAUGCGGGACGACAAUGAAAAGGUCCUGCAAGAAGUGAUGCAGCAAGGAUGGCCACUACUCGGCGAGCUGUACGACUCAUGCAUGAAUUUCAGCAACACGAGCAGCGCGACAGAAAACGCGGCGUCGGUGGCUUUCUUGAUGCCAGCGAUCAAGCAGAUUGCCGCCACGACGAGCAAGAGCGAACUGUUUCAGCUGGCUGGCAAAUUGUCAAUUACAGGACCAAACUUUUUGACGUGGCUCUAUGUCAUGGCAGACAGUAGAGAUGCGACCGUGGAUGCUUUACACGCGUCCCAGACGGGUCUCUCGCUACCGAGUCCGGAGUAUUACUUGGACCCCAAAGAGUUCGCCUCGGUCAGUGCUGCAUUCCAUGCGUACAUCGUGGAGUUGUUUUCACUGGUUGGCUGGGAUUCACACAAUGCAGCAUCGCAAGCUUCUUCAGUGAUCGCCUUCGAGCAAAUACUUGCACCGUUGUAUGUACCGGAGGAAAAGCUACAGGAUCCAGUGGCAACGUACAACCGUAUGAGUGUAGCUCAAGCUGCUGAGGAGUACCCGUUACUCGUCGCGCAGGUCAUGCGUGGAAUGGGGGUACUGGAGAAACUUGUAGCUCAGAACGCAUAUGUGGUUGUCACAACACUUGCGUACUAUAAGCGUGUUGAAGAGCUCGUGACUGGAGAUUCCGUGACGCUCGACACUCUGAAAGCUAUGCUUACGUACCAAUACGUCAGCGCCCAAGCAAAAUUUCUGAGUGAGCCUUUCGCUCAGGCGUCUUUCUCCUUUCUCGAGCAGACGCUUAAGGGCGAAAAGAGUCGUGGUCCACGAUGGAAGGUGUGUCAGAAGCAAGUCACCGACACUUUACCUGACUUGGUCGGCAAGUACUAUGCACUUCUUCGUUUUGACAAGGAUAGUGAGCGGAUCGCGAAUGAACUUGUGAUGCAAAUUCGAGCAUCUGUUGAAGAGGAUCUCACGAAUGUGGAUUGGCUGGACGGACCCACUCGGCAAAUUGCUCUCGAAAAAUUGGGCAAGAUGACAACCUUGAUCGGGUAUUCGAAUCGUUCCGACCAUUUCCCGUACAAACUACACGGCGACGCACCACUUGCCGAAAACUUGCGGAUUAUCAACGAGCACGUCUCUGAUCAAACGGUGGACCGGAUCGGUCGUCCAGUGGACCGCAGCAAUUGGGAUGGUUCAGGUGCUGCUUUAGAUGUGUACUACCAGCCAACGGCAAACCUGGUUGGUGUCCCUGCUGGAUAUUUUCAACCACCAAAUUUUACUCCCGGACAGCAGUCUGUACGUAAUUUUGGGACGUGCGGUAGCUUCAUUGGGCACGAAAUCACGCAUCACUUUGACGCCGAGGGAAAAUCGUAUGACAAGGACGGCACCUUGGGAAACUGGUGGAGUAAUUUCACAGCAACGGAGUUUUCACAACGGGCAGAUUGUUUCGUGAAGCAAUAUAGCGAGUUCCCGGUGAUGAGUAGCGAGGAUCCAAACAAAGUGCUCGGUCACGUCAACGGUGAGCUCACUCUAAGCGAGAACAUCGCGGACAACGGCGGUCUGAAGUUGUCUUUCCAUGCGUAUCAGACCUACGUCGCCAAGCAAGCCAAGGAGCCGAGCAAGAUCAACGAAGGUGGAGCAACAUCCGUUUCAAGAAGCCAGCCAGAGCCUGCCUUACCUGCCGAUGUGGCUGACAAGCUUUUCUUCAUCUCGUUCGCCCAGAGUUGGUGCUCAAAGAGGAGUGACGCUGCCAUUAUUCAACGCUUAGCCGGCCCGAGGCCGCCUGGCCAGUGGCUCGUUAAUGGAGCUGUGAAGAACUCGCACGACUUCGCUCGCGUGUUUUCGUGCCCUGUCGGCUCGCCCAUGAACCCGACGACGAAGUGCCAGGUGUGGUAG